GGAGGAGGAGGAGGAGGAGGAGGAAGAGACUAGGAGAGAGAGAGAGAGAGGGAGAGGAGGUCGUGUGGAGAUCCAUGCCUGAGAUGAGGUCUGGCGAGUGUAUCUUGGAGACGACGAUCAAGACAAUGGUGGCCAGGAGACACUGGUGUUUCUCCGCUCUCAAGCUGUGCUUGCUGGCGACGGUGGUUCACCACGCACAAGGGGUCAUGUCCAGAGAUCCAGUGUUUCUCGCAGAGAUUCAGAACCAGACAGUCUCAGAAGGCAGAAACGUUCGGUUCGCCUGUAGAGUCGACAACCUCGGCUCCCAUAAGGUUGCGUGGAUCCACUACGAAAACUCCGCCAUCCUCACUGUGUCAAGUCAUGUGAUAACCCGCAACGAGCGUAUCACUGUUACCAGAGACAAGCACCAGAAGACCUUCUACCUGCACAUUAACGACGUCAGGGAGACGGACACUGGCAAAUACAUGUGUCAGAUCAACACAGCCUCAGCCAUGACCAUCGCUGGCUACCUCACUGUAGUGGUUCCACCUGACAUCGUUGACCAGGAGAGCUCUGGUGAUGUCAUAGCACAAGAAGGAAACGACAUCAAGCUGAGGUGUAGGGCGCGGGGAUCACCUAAACCCACAGUUACUUGGAAACGAGAAGACGGACAGCACAUUACUGUCAACAAAUCUACUACAGUGUUAGAGUACGAGGGGGAAGUACUACGACUCAGCAAAGUGAGCAGAAUGGACAUGGGAGCCUACCUAUGCAUAGCUUCCAACGGACACCCACCCACUGUCAGCAAGCGCAUCCUUGUCAGCGUCGAUUUUCCACCCAUGCUGUGGAUCCCUCACCAGCUGAUUGGGUCAGCUAGAGGAAAGACAGUGGUGCUGGAGUGUUUUACGGAGGCACACCCGACUUCCCUUAACUACUGGACCCGUGGAGAUGGUAACAUGAUCUACGACUCAGGAAAGUACCAUAUUGAAAAUCGCAUCGGUAAUCCGGACUACAAGAUCCACAUGUUGCUGACGGUACGCUCCCUAACCGAACUUGACUUUGGCACGUACCGCUGCGUAGCAAAGAACCCCCGGGGGGAGACUGACGGUACCAUCAAGAUCUACGACUCCGGUCCUCCCCCGACCACGGUCCUGCCUCUCACCACCGAAGCUGAGAUGUUUGAGAAAAUUAACAAUCAGAUUUGGGACAGGUCUGAGAAUCGAACUCGCAAGAGGCCCAAUCCCCAAGCUGUAAGUGGCCAAAAUGGAGAUGAGGAGGAGAACGUCAUUGACCAGAAGCCAAGUCUUAACCUACCAGCCGUCGGCCAGAACUCAGCAGGCUGGCGUAGACUUCCUUGGAGGAUGGACCUUCCUGUUUUAGUGACAGCAUUAUACCUCCUUGGCGACCACUUCUGAAACACGUCCUCUGUUAGCCACCACAAGAGGUUACAACAUCUUCCGGUUACAGUGAAACCUCUAGCUUUAUUGCGGCUCUGUCUUGAAGAAUUAACCUCACCGAUGACGCUCCAGCCAAUCAGAAACGACAAGGUGCCAAUGCGUUUAGCAAAUCGAUCAUUAAGUGACGAGGUACUUGUAAACAAUAUAAAUUGUGUGCAUGACUGACCGAGUAGACACAGGUUACAUACACCGAAGGAGGUGAAUUUCUCUUUAUAUAUACACUAAGUGUGUAUUUUAAUCCCUAUUUUAGGAAUGGAGGAAUUCUUGAAUGUUAGGUGCAAGUGAAUUGCAGCCUUAAAUGAUCCACCUGUAGUCUCUACUCUUUAAACCUAACAAACUAUCUAACCGAAUAUAUAAAGAAAGUAAACAAACGGCUUCAUUCGCUAUCACGUAGCUACCUAGGAAAAGAGGCACCUGAACGGGACGUCCUAUGUCAGCAAUUACCUUUAUUCACGUUCGCCCAGUCAAUCGAAGGAGCACGAUUAACAUAUAUAUGUAACAUAUGUAUGUGUAAAUUGUCAUAUAUCACAGUAUGUUGAAUGUAAAUGAAAUAUAUUGUUAUGUAGAGAAAUUGAAUAUUAGGUAAUAGUUAGCUAGAAGUAUGGUAGACAAAACAAACACUGUGUUUCGAUGAAAUAUAUUCUUCAAUCUAUGGACAGAUUGUGUAAAAAAAAAUAGUAGUACUGAAAAAGUACUGAAAGGUGAAAAAAAAAGUGCAUCUUCUCGAAAAACAAAUACAGAUUUUGUAAAAUGAAUAAUGAUGAAUUUGGUGAAGAAAAAUAAAGUUUUGAAAAUUCUGUUUUAUAUGAAGUUAAUACAUAUGGAAUAUCACACGGGACCCUAAGUGACCCAAGUUUUCCAGAGAAGAAACUGAAAAGUUUCUAAACCUCGUACUGCUUGUGAUAAAAUUCUUCCUUUCUUCCUCGUUGAAACCUUAAUGAAGAAAACAACCUAUGAUGUUAAUGGUAAAUGACGAAGUUCUGUUUCCAUAACUGCUAGUUCAGUGGUUAUUACAUGGAUAUGUACAUAAAAUUUUUGUAAUUUGUACACUACAGCCAGACCCCCCAUUACCCAGUUCCUUACCAUUAACAGAGGUGUUGUUAUUGAAUAGUUACACGUGAAUGUUACUGUAUAUACAUAUUAUACAAGAGGCUAGUUUAUUAGUGUAGCUUGCCUGGGUUAUAUGGUGACUGAAUAUGUUGAAUGAGAUGAUGAC